AUGUUAAUUUAAAGCGAACAAAACAUAAGUUCUAGAAGAUCAAGUAUUGGACCUACUUUCACUAGAAAUCCUUCAUAUAUACAUUAUAGAAAAUAAAAUUCAGAUUGUUCGAUUUAUUCAGAAUCCAAAGACCAAGCAGAGUCAAUUAAGUAAUUGAAACAGGAAUGUGAUGAAAGAUAGUCAAGGGCUUAAUCUAUUUAUAGUUCAUUUGCAGUAUUAUGAUCAUCUAAUGUUAGAAAAAGCUGGUUUCGAAUAGGAUGGACAAUAAUAAUAAAUAAAUUAGUGAUUCAGGACAAGUUACAAACUUUUUAAAACAAAUCAAAAGCAAAGCUAUCGUUAAUAGGUUUAUCUAAAAUCUUUUCAGAAACUCAUACAUCCUCCCUCAAAAAUUGUAGUUGUAAUUCUAAGAUGAGUACAUAUCUAAUAGGUCAUCCGAUUGGAGACAAACAUUGAGUACUAUUUCAUUCUAAUAUAUGUAGAUUAGGGAGAUAAUCCUUAAUUUAUUAAAAUAUUUCAACCUGGGAGUUAAUUGCUAAUGUAUUGGGAUUUGGUUGGAAUUAUGAUAAACAUGAUUUCAUUGUGGUUGAGCCCUUUCUAAGCGGCCUUCAGUUAUCAAUCUCCGAUCGUCUUGAUUAUCACGAUCAUACUGUAUUUAUUCCUAGAAAUCUUGGUCAAUUUAAAUAGAUCGACAAUAUCAUUUGGAGAAAUCAUAACCACAAGAAGCUAAAUCGUUAAGCACUAUCUCUAAGGACAAGGAGUGUAAGAUAUAACAAGUCUUAUAAUUUGGAUUAUUAUAUUCAAUAAACCUGGAUUUAGUAUAAUUUUUGAAGUGCUCCAAAUAAUAUAAAUAAUUGUGACAACCAAAAAAGUGAUAACAAAUUUUGAUAAAUUUUUAGAAUCACUCUAUUCCAAAGGAUAACUGUCAAAUUUGAUUGACCUAUUUUCCCUGGUCAUAACAAUAUUCUUUUUUGCUCAUAUCACAGCCUGUGUGUGGUAUUAUGUAGGAGAAAAGAGUGAUAUUUUGUUAGAUAAAUCUUGGUUAAAGAAGUACGAGAUUGAGAACGAGAGCAUAAUGAUGAAAUAUAACUAUUCAAUAUAUUGGGCUACAACAACCAUUGUAACAGUUGGAUAUGGGGAUCUAACACCUCAAAAUUGGAUAGAAAUAGUAUUCACAAUAAUCAUGAUGUUUUUAUCAAGUUGUGUUUAUGCAUACUCACUCAAUUCCAUUGGAAUUAUUUUAAAGAAUAUCCAAGAUACAAAGUAUGAAUAUAAAAAAAUGCUAUUGAGAAUAAAUGCUUAUAUGGAUAAGAAUAACGUUGAAGUGGAAUUACAGUUAAGAGCAAGAAACUUUAUAAAGCAUCAUCUAUUUCAGAAUUAAAAUUAGGAGAGUCAGGAGGAAAUCAAUAAAAUCAUGGAAAAACUACCAGAAGAUUUGAGAAACCAAAUUACAAAAUCGAUUCAAUUACGAAUUCUUAAUUAAAUUACUUUUCUAAAAGAUCUAUUUUCAACCCAAGCAGUGACUGAUAUCUCCAGAUAUUUGGAAACCUAAAAUCUCGUUUCCAACGAUAUUGUAUUCUAAUAGAAUGGAAGUACCGAUUCUAGUUUGUAUAUAUAUUAUAUCAUUAAAUAGAUAUUUUAUACAAUCAGGAUAAAUAGCCAUAUUCGAAGAGUCAUCUAACAAAAUCUUAACGACAUUAAAUAGAGGUGAGAAAUUUGGGGAAUACUCCUUCUUUACUGGACUUAAUCCUAAGUAUUCAGCUAAAUGUAUGAGUGAUGCAGUACUAUACAAAAUACAGAGAGAAAAGUUCUUAUAAAUCAUUCAAUAUUAUUAAAAAGAUUUUCAGAGAUUUCACAAUAUUAAAGAUUAGAUACUGCUCAAUUCCGAUUACUCCAAGUGCAUCUCAAGUUGUUAAAAUUGUAGACUAUUUACUCACGAAAUUAUAGAUUGUCCCCUAAUAUAAUAUAAGCCAAAUUUAGAAUAAAGAAUAAAAGUUGCAACUUUUAGGGAGAGACAAAAUCUAAGGAUGUAUCACAAAAGGAAUUUGCGUAAAACUAAUUGCAGAAAACUUUAUAAAACCAUAGAACUAUCAAUCAAAGCAUUCUAAGACGAAAAUGAAUCUAAAGUUUAAAUUUCAGAUUAUUAAUCUGGAUAUCUCUAAAGAAACACUUUUGAAGAGAAAGAUAAAAAUACAUCUGAAGAACCAAAAUCUAAAAUCAUCAUAGGUGAAUAAGAUUAUGUUCCACCUACAAAUUUUGUAUCAGCUAAUUCACUUUAAUAGAAAAGGCAUUAAACAUCAGUCAGACCUUCUAUUGUAGCAUAAUUGCCAAAAUAAAAAAUGACAAUACUGCAACAAGACCUAAAAUCGCAUAACUAUUUACUAAAUAAUUCAUUCCAGUCUUAAUCAUUUAAUAAAUUUUAAUCUGAACUAUUUUUGGCGUCAUUUCACCAAACUUCUCUCCAUCUUGAUCAAAUGAGAAACUAUAAGGAUUAUAUGCCUUAAAAUAACAUCUCAGCAAUCAUAAUCUAAAUGGAUAAAACCCCCAAAAAAUUAUUGAAGCGAAGAAAAAGAGAAAUUGAAGAUUUAAACAAAUAUACAUUCUUUUAUUAUGUAAAGAUUAUGGCCAUUAAAUUGAGAAAAUUUUAGAGAAGAGCUGAUUGA